AAUCAUAAUCCAUACACCAUGAAGACCACAACGACGGCCGAGCUCGUCUUCGUCCCCGCGCCAGCCGCCGGCCACCUCUUCUCCGCCGUGGAGCUAGCGAAGCAACUCGUCACCCACGACCAACGACUCUCGGUCACCAUCUGCGUCACCACGAUGCUCACCGCCGGAUUCAAAGCCGCCAUCGAUCCCACCGCCGACGACUCCUCCGUCGCCUCCCGAAUCCGAUUGAUCGAUCUCCCCAUCGUGAAACUCCCUCCAAACACCAAUCCCAGCGAAACCCUGCCUUCCAUUCUCGAAGCCUCCUCUGCCUCCAUCAAAAAAAUCGCCUCCGACAUCAUCCGACGUCGGACCGAGUCGAGCGACGACUCGCCCAGACUCGCCGGUUUCGUAAUCGACAUGUUCUGCACGAGGAUGAUCGACGUGGCCGGCGAGCUCGGCGUUCCUUGCUACGUUUUCUACACAUCGGGGGCGAAUUUCCUCGGGUUCAUGCUUCACUUGCAGGCGCUCUACGACGAGGGAAAGCUCGGAGACUUGGCCGAGCUUAAGGAUAACGGAUUCGAGAUGGAGAUUCCGAGUUUGAAGAAGCCGCUCCCCUGUAAAUGUCUGCCUUCCGCCGUCGUCGAGAAGGAGUGGCUUCCCCUGCUCAUCGACAACACCCGGAGGUUACGAGAAGUCAGGGGAAUCGCCGUAAAUUCGUUCCUCGAGCUGGAACCUCACGCAAUCGACUUCCUCUCCACCGGCGGGAUCAUCCCUCCGGUUUAUCCGGUGGGACCAAUUUUGAAUCUGAAGGCGGUUCAGGGUAACGAGGAGGUGAUGGAGUGGCUCGACGAUCAACCGGCGGCGUCAGUGGUGUUCCUCUGCUUCGGCAGCAUGGGGAGCUUCGGGAAGGAACAGGUGACGGAGAUCGCGGUGGCGCUGGAGCGAUGUGGUCAGAGGUUCCUGUGGUCACUCCGGCGGUCGCCGGAAGCAGGGAAGGUUGGACCGCCGAGUGAGUACGAGGAUUUCGAUGAGGCACCGCUGCCGGCCGGGUUUUUGGACCGGGUGAGUGGAAUUGGGAAAGUGAUCGGGUGGGCCCCACAGACGGCGGUGCUGCGCCACGAGGCGGUGGGAGGGUUCGUGUCGCACUGCGGGUGGAACUCGGUGCUGGAGAGCAUAUGGUUCGGCGUGCCGGUGGGGGCUUGGCCGAUGUACGCGGAGCAGCAGCUGAAUGCGUUUCAAUUGGUGGAGGAGCUGGGGUUGGCGGAAGAGAUCAAGAUGGAUUACCGGUGGGACGGUGGGACGGUGGUGACGGCGGAGGAGAUCGAGGGAGGGAUACGGCGGUUGAUGGCGGCGGAGAAUGACGAGGGGAGGAAGAGCAAGACGGUGAAGGAGGUUAGUGAGAUGAGCAAAAAGGCGUUGAUGGAAGGUGGCUCGUCUUGCUCUUCUAUGAGUCGCUUUAUUCAAGAUGUCAUCGAUAACAUUUCUUGAUUGUAUUCCGACUGUUAAGAGGCAGGAACUUGUGCAAACAGUCCCCAGAAUGCACAGAGAAGCAGUUAUAUCUGGAUCGACUUUCCAUGAUUCAGUAACAACAUGAACAUCUGAAUUUGUUUCGAAUCCUGAAAGAACAGUAAACGUCCUUGUUACAC